AUGGUUGCGCACCGCCUCGCGUGGUUCUUUCAAUUUGUUGCAUGGUCCACUGGCGCUCUCCAGAGCAGCUCCGCCUUCGCCGUCUGCGUGGCACUGGCCUCGGGUUCGUCGACGCCAGCUCCGACACGGUCGCCGUUCACGUUCCCCGCCAUCUUGUUCGACGCGCGAGGUGCAUGCUGCGGUCACUGGAGCUGCACGACUGCCACAACCAGGAGGCAGGCUGUCCACAUCACUACGCGCGUGACGCUGCUCUUCAUGCAGGGCUCGCUGAAGGUGAUCUUCGGGGUGCCCUUCGUGUCCACCGAGCUGCUAACCGUGCAAAGCAUCAAUGGGCAGGACGCCGUUCGGCGCAUGGUGGAGAAAUUCGUAAGCUGUACCUGGCCGAUCUACUCCCUCUUCCAGAUGGUUGGGACUCGGCUUCGACUGCUUCGGGUUGUUCCUCUUCGUCUUCUGCGCCUUCACUUGGAUUUCCGCCCCUGGCCUGGCUGCAUCCUGGAAGUGUGGCCCCACGUGCGGAGGGCAGGGAACCUCGUCUUCCUGAUCGGCUUCCUGUUCCUCCUGCUGCUGGCCUCCGCCCUUUUCAUGCCGAGGAGGGAUGUGCUGCUCGAGGUCAAGAUCCUGUUCUUUGCCAUUCUGGUGAUUUGCGUUCGCUCGCAGGGUGUGUUCGUGCAGAUCUAG